AUGAACUUAAAAAGAAAAAAAGAAAGAAAAUAUCAACAUUUAUAUUUAAUAGAGAAAUCAUCAAAACCAAAAUUUCAAAUUGAUUUAAGUAUAGCAAUAUUUAAUAUUCAUAUUAAUAAAGGAAAUAAAAUGAUUCCACAAGGGAAAGAAAAAUUAUGUUUUGAAAUAUUUUAUGAUAAAGUAUAUACAUUUUGUUGUCCAUCACAAAUUGAAUUUGAUGAAUGGAUGAGUACAUUACCAUUAUUAACAAAAGUAUAUGGAACAUUUAAAUAUCCAUUAGGAUGUGCAGUAAGUAAAUCAGGAUGGAGAUAUCCUAUUCCAAUUUAUAGAGGUAUUGAAUAUCUUCAAAAAAAUAAAGGAAGUGAAGUUGAAGGAAUUUUUAGAACAAGUGCAUCAUAUAAAAUAGUAGGAAGAGUUAAAUCAAUUUUAGAUGGAGAUCAAGAUAUUGCAAUAGAAGAAUUUAAAGAAUGUGCAUGUGCAGCAGCUAUUAUUAAAGAAUAUUUAAGAGAAUUACCAGAUCCAUUAAUACCAUUUCAAUAUUAUAAUGAAUUUGUUAUUAUUGGAAGAUUAAAAGAAGGAACAAAAGAAAAAGAAGCAAAAAAAUUAAUAAAUAAAUUACCUGAUGUAAAUAAAAAUACAUUAUGGUAUUUAUGUUAUUUUUGUCAAGAAGUUGUUAAAAAUGUAGAAAAAACACAAAUGAAUGCAAAUAAUUUAGGAACAUGUCUUGGACCUACUAUUUGUAGAGCACCUCCUCAAGAAGCAAUGAAAGAAAUGGAAAAUACUAAAUUAGUUAUUGAAGGAUUUGCUACAUUAAUAAAUUAUUAUAAAGAAAUUUUUAAAGAAAUUGAAGAUUUAAAUUUAAGAGCAGGAAUUAAUCCACCAAAUUAUCCAGCUGUAGUUCCUCAUCCAGCUGCACCAUAUGAAAAAGUUACAGAAGAAAUUCAAAAAGUUGUAAUUGAAAGACAAAAAAGAAUUAAUGCAGGUAAACCUAGACAAACUAUUUUUUCACAUAAAACAAAUAAAGCAGAAGUUAUUGAUGGAACGAAUUUAGUUAAAGAACAAGUUCAAAAAGUUAUGUCACAAAAUAAUGUAUUAACAAGUCCAACAAUACAAACAUCAAAACCAAAUUAUCUUCCACCAAAACCAAAUAGAUUACAAUAUAAAACAAAUGAACUUAUUGGAGGAAAUAGUGCAAAUAGUGUAUUAACAGCAAUUAUAGAUAAAGAAGAAGAUAAAAAACAAGAAAUAAUAAAAGAAGAAAUACAAGAAUAUAAAAAAAUAAAUAAUAAUAAUAAAGAAAUAAUAGAAAAAACAGAAAUAAAUAAUAAUAAAGAAGAAAUAGAAGAAAAAUUACCUACACUUCCACCACCAAGAAGAAAAACAAAUUAUUUUAAAGAAAAUACAGGAGAAAUUAUUAAUAAAAUUUUAGAACAAGAAAAAGAAAUAGAAGAAUUAAAAAAUAUUAUUCAAAAAUUAGAAAAUAGAAUAAGUAAACAAGAAGAAAUAAUUGAAACAUUUAUUCAAUAUAAUAAUCAAUAUUAUCAAGAAUAUGGAACAGGAUAUGAAGAAGGAUAUUAUGAAGGACAUGAAUAA